AUGGGAUUUGCAUCUAAUGCCUUAUAUUUUGCACUUCAUCCAAAUCAACUAGGAACAUUAAUUCAGUGGAGCCUACGCCAAAGACCUCACCACGUAAGAGACAAAAACAACGAGACAGCCACAGCAAAAACCUGUUUCAAUUUCCUCCGCAAAACAGGCCGCAGUUUCAGUCCCGUCGUCGAAGAACUGCAUCCAGAACUAGCAUUACCGGUAUGCAUUUUCUAUCUGAUCCUGCGUGGCCUCGACACAAUCGAGGAUGACACCUCGAUCCCGCUGGAGAUCAAAGAGCCUCUCCUUCGCAAUUUCAAGGACUAUCUCGACGAAGACGGUUGGAACUACACAGGCAACCGCCUAGAGGAAAAAGACCGCGAACUCUUAGUUCAAUUCGACAAUGUCAUCGUCGAAUUCAAGAAGAUGAAGCCAGUCUACGCGGCGAUCGUGCGCGAUGUCACGGAGAAAAUGGGGAAUGGCAUGGCUGAUUAUGCACGCAGGUCAGCUUCGGAGAAAAUCGGUAUCGAGUCCAUUGCAGAGUAUGACCUCUAUUGCUGGUAUGUAGCCGGUAUAGUAGGCGAGGGACUGACGCGUCUCUUCGUUGAGGCCGAGCUAGCGGAGACGGAUCUGAUCAACCAAGGGUUAUACAAACCGAUGGGUUUAUUCCUACAAAAGACUAAUAUCAUUCGGGAUAUACGCGAAGAUCGAGAUGAUGGUCGACGGUUCUGGCCUGAAGAGAUCUGGUCCAAGCACGUCGACCACUUUGACGAUCUAUUCCAACCCGAGAAUCGGGGUCUCGCGCUCUCAUCCAGCUCCGAGAUGAUACUGGAUGCUCUGCAGCAUGUAUGUGAUUGCCUGUCGUAUCUCGCUGGGUUGCGUGAGCAGAGCGUUUUCAACUUCUGCGCUAUUCCUCAGUGUAUGGCUAUCGCCACGCUGGAGCUGUGUUUCUGCAAUCCGGCCCUUUUUGACUCGAGUCUCAAGAUAUCAAAGGGGGAUGCGCUUGGACUAGUUGUUGAGGCUGGUCGGGGGAUGGAGAAUGUGUGUCAUGUCUUCUGUCGAUAUGUUGAUCAAAUUCAACGGAAGAUUCAACCAGAAGACCCUUAUUACUUGGGAAGCCGCGCUAAAUGCGACGAGAUUCGAACAUUUGCCAAAACGCUAGCGCUUCAGAGUGCUGAUGGUGUUGGUGUUGGUGGUACAAGUCAGGGAAAGACUUUGGUCAGCGCAGAGGAACAACAGGGAGAACCUCUCCAUCUGUCUGGCAUAGAUCAAGAGGCCCGAACUGUGACUGGACGAGCGUUUGCAUAUUCAACAGGCAUAUCACUAUUAGUACUGGGAACUGCAUGGCUCAUCAGAGCCCGUUCGAACGCUGCCUGA